AUGAGGCUCCACUACCUUACCCUUUUCCUUCUUUUGGUCCCUUUGGAGCUAAGCAUCAUUUAUGGUCUUUCUACACUAGGAAAUGUGCCUAAGAAAUCAUUCAAGCCCUUAUUGCCCCCUGAGGCCUUGCUGUCCAUUGGUCACUAUCACACAACAUGUCCUGAUACUGAAGGCAUCAUCUCACAAAAGGUUGCAGCUUGGGUUAAGAAGGACCCUACAUUGGCCCCUGCCAUCAUACGCCUUCAUUUCCAUGACUGUGCUGUUAGGGACCAUCUUUAUAAGAUGGUCGUAAUAACUGUAAUGUUGUUGGGACCGAAACUUACUUCUGGUUUGAAAAUAGGAUCACAUGGAUUUGGUGCAAAAGGGUGCAAAAGGUGCAAAAGGGUGAUGGAUUUGGUGCACCUUGAUGUCAUAACCCCUAGGACUUUUGACACAACCUAUUACACUAACCUUAUGAGGAAAGUGGGGUUGUUGUCAACAGAUCAAUCACUGUUUUCAGAUGCAAGGACUGCUCCAUUUGUUGAAGCAUUUGCAACACAGCCUUUCCUUUUCACUAGCCAGUUUUCAGUGUCAAUGGUGAAGCUUGGGAAUGUUCAUGUUCUGACUAGGCCUAAUGAAGGUGAAAUCAGAGUUAAUUGCAAUUAUGUCAAUACUGUCUAA